AUGCCCACGCCAAGCACCCGUUCCGAUGCUGUCCAGCUCUGGGCGGCCGUUCGCGGCUUCUCAGAUGCCCAGCUGCGUUGCGUCGAGACUUGUAUCGACGAGUACUACUGUAGCGGUUGUAGCCAUUCGCAAUUGGUUUCGUCGUCUUCGUCAGUAGCAGCGUCCGAAGCCCCGCCGAGGACGACGAUCAAUAACUUCAUUGAGCUACAACUUGACGACCGCGUGCAAUCCGUGCACGUCGACGACUUUGUGCACGUGUUUCUGUCCUUCCUGCAUGAACAGAUCCGACUACAUACAGAUGCACGGAUACAAGACAAUGCAACGAAAGCGUCAGUGUCCGACGCAAAGUCUAACACAAUUACAUCUCAAGAGGAUAGCAACACGGCCACAUUUGACCCUCACAGCCAAACGUUCGAGGACGAGUUUCCGCAACUGACGCCGGUUCGAGUGGCACCUAAGCCGACCAAGCGCCGGAUUACUACCACGUUGUUGACGUGCCAGGAGCCGACAAUCGUAGCUCGUUCGGUGCCUGUGCCUAUCGCGUUUCCACGCGUGGAAACAUCGGAAAGCACAGCAAGGUCCUCAAUAUGGGCCAAGAGGUCGUUGCUAGAGAAACGCAUGGCCACGUUAAGUUCAACAGCCGCGUUUUCGACUGAAGAGACAAAGCGGGUGGCGCAGAAGCCGCAAACGGCAUGGGCAACAACGGUACCAGAAAGUGCGACAGCUGCACACGAAGCUGCAAAUGCUAUACCGAAGGCAGUGAGAACAACACAAGUUCGAAAGAUGGAGAAGAACGCGAAGAUUGUUCGAGAUCCUGGCUGCUUGUCGCAAAAAAAGGCAAGAGCUGACACGCCGCAAUGUCAGCUUGUUGAGGUGACGCAAAUAAAUUGCUCGCUGGAGCAAGCGACAACGAAGAAAAAGGCAACACUUGUGUCUACGAAGCAGACACAGCAAGUGACCUGUCAAUCACCCACCGCUCAGCCAGCAGCAAUUACGAACGCGAAAGCUGAUGUCUUAUUAAGUAACCUCGCGGUGAACACGCAGGCAGCCAAGUUGUACGGGUUUCUCAUCAGACGGCGGUUUGUCAAGAAGACUUGUACCGAGCUGCAGACUCUCAUUUGCUUGCUGUACCGGGCUGAUUGCACAGCGUGUUACCGUAACAAAUUACAGGAGCAGCAGGACGGUGAAAGCGCUUGGAUGCCAGGAUGCGUUGAACCGUCCGAGUUUUGUUGGCGAGUGUACUGUCUGGACUUUGCUGCGUUCGUGUUCCAAGAGAUCGAAGGUGUGAUAGUGCAUUUGGGUGACGAUUUACUCGCUCUUUUCAAACACAGCUUGUGUAGUGCAGAGCGAGCUCGCUCGAAUAAGUUGCUGGAACGACUGGAUCGAGCGUCCCGUCGACGUGAAGCGUUUCGUGUGGCAGAAAGUGCAAGAAUUGGCUGCCGGUUGCCUGUGGAAAUGAAGGCGAGUGCCGUGCACGACUUUACAAUACCAUUUAACGAAGAGAUCGACUCCCGCUUGCAUUACCGAACGCCAGCAGAAUCACAGUUGUAUACGAACCGCGAAAAAGUCCGGGAUUUGUUUCUAAGUUUGCUGCGUCACUUUCAGCAAAACCAGCACAGUCUUGCCGGCAUCAAAAAUGCAGGGGUGGCAGUCGAUACAUCAGUAGCAGCAAGGAAGUUGUUGAUCGAGUUAUCACCUGAGAACAAGUGGUGGUUCGCUAAAUUUUUUGUUCAGGAGCUUACUCAGGUCGGCUCAAAUCCUUUUGGCGAGAGCGACAAGGAUCUCUUACUCAAGAUUAUGGAGGAUAAGCUUGUGGUAAAGAAUCCCGAUCGGCUGCGCAAGCUGCAUCGACGUUUCUCCAGUCAAAAGAUGUCGACAAAAUCAUUUCAAUCGCAAAUGCAAGAUAGUCAUAGGGCCUCAAACGUUUCGAGUCACAGAAAUGUUUGUGCGAACGGAAAGGACAGCAACGACAUGCGAAGGAGGAAUCGGUCCGAUGUUCGACCUGGCACGAACGAGGUUGAAGCAGACAAAAGCUCGACAUCUGUGCUUUAUAGUAUGAGGCGCUUUUUUACGGACAACCAGCUAUUCUUUUUCCACUUCCUGCAUAGUUGUGACAGCUACGAGUUCUCGGAGCUUGUGAAACGCCAAUUAGAGCGACAGUUUCACGUACAUGGUGCUGCUAGUGCUGCUGUUGUAGAUGCUCGAAAGGGCUUUACGGAAGCAGUGCUAAAACUCAAGGUCGUCGCAAAGUUUCUGGGGUAUCUUCAUUUUUCACCACAGUGGCAAGUAACGUCCUCAGUUUGUCAAGUUCCGGCACAAAGUACUGCCUUGAAAGCUAUCGAAAGGGAGGGAAUCGAAACUCUUGAGGUAAGUCGUGGCUCAAACUUUGAUGUCAAGAAAUUGCUGGAGAAAAGCAUUUUGCAAGCAUCAAUCGCCAAGUGCAUUCCAUGGCUCUGUGACUACUUGUCUAUGCUUUCGCUCGAUCGGUUGUCGUUGGGGACGAUAUAUUUUAAGCAGCUCGUGGUGUUGAUGCGUCUUUUGUAUCGGUCACCACUUGUUGACUCUUUAGGUGAGACUGGACUUUAUAUAGCACUGCAGAUCGAGCGCGUCUUUCAAGUGUUGAAGGUGGACGACCAUCGAGAGGACUUACGGUCUCUACAGCUGCUUCCGUCGAAACAAAUGAGCAAGAUACUCGCAAGUAGUGUCGGUCAAACCUUGUCGAAGAAGUCGGAGGGUGGUGCAGGGGAAGAUUGCUUACCAUUUUUGUACAGCCAGGUGUUUCUCCGAAGCUGUGUGAGUGAGCUUGACGACUUGCGUGGAUUCAUUCAGACUCAAGCACAAGAGCCGCAGCGACGCAUAAAACAAGUAGGUAGCGUCGGACAAUCGGCAGCAGGGCAGAUGCAUGCACCCAUUCGCAAACUACGACCGUUGCAAGUCGUGAUCGGAGACGAUGAUUCUGUCGACACAAAUUUGUCUUUAUUUUCUGACAAGCUUGCGGAUGCUCACACUGAGUCUCAAACACGGAUUCAGCAAACAGACGAGCACGACAAGUUGUCCGAAGCUCUUUUCAAGGUACAUCCAAAGUUGAGAGCAGUGGUGGAGUUUGUAGUUGGAACGUCGGCGACAGAUGUGUGUGAACACGUCAUAGCGCAUGUUGUCACACCUCUUGCUGAUGCGCUCGUUGAUUUGUGCGCUUCUGAAAGUAGCCUAUUGAACGUCAAGAAAGAUGUUGCUGCAUCUGCGACGUUCGGUGAACAUUCUGCUUUCGUAGUACGGGCUAGCUUCUAUAAGCUGCUUAUGUCAAAGACUCACCAUGAAGCAAACUUGGUUGGCUCAACAGCUUUGCAAGAAGCUCUUCGUCUCGGGGAGGAACGUGUACAUGGAGCGAUUUCGGCUUGUAUGCCCCCGUCUUCACAUCCCACGCUGGUCAAGUCGAUUGUCACCAUAACGCUGCAGCGCACUCGAUCCAGUUUGACAGAGGUGGUACCAAAAAACGCUCAGGCCGAAUUCGUGAAGCGGGUAAGCUGGCGACAUAAGACCCUCCUCAAAGACCUAGGACUUACUCCGAGAACGACAGACGCUAAUCUUUCAUUUUCUACACCCCCCGUACAACCAUGCGCUAGUGCCAAGACCCAACGAAAAAAGGUGCUGCCCGAGGGGGUGCAGCAGUACCAAGAAUUGAGGCGACACGUCGCUCUCAUUUCCAAAAGCGCUAGCCACGACGGAUCGAAGAUGGCAAGUCUUCCCGAAUAUGAAUCACGGGUCGUUGUGCUGUCUGUGAGCCUAUCUCAGUUUCUCAUCUUGCUCAACGAUUGCGUUGGAUAUGGUGACUCAACAAGGGAUCCAGGUCCUACAAUGAGCAUUUCGGCUCUCGUCAUGUGGGAUGUCAUUUGGCGGAGUCUCACUUCUUGCUUGGCCUUCCUCGAGAUGUCACUGACCGUGCUCGAUGCUUGCAAACUGGCCUCGGCACGAGACGAUCGAGCAGUGGUUGUCGAGAACAGUUUCGUCGAUUUUGCUGCCAAGUUUGCACUGCUGCUCAAGGUGGUCGCGCGCUUUGCCAAGCAAAGUCCAAGGAGAGCUACCAUCGCUUCUCGUUUACAGCCCAUGCUUGCGUCUGUUACAGAAAGAGUGGAGCAACUACUGCGGAGCGAUAAAGUGCUCAAACGUACCGCAUUUCGGGCUCGCUUCGAGAUUGCUGCACAGCUUCGCGAGGUCGUGUCAUGUUUCACACACUAG